AGAAAGAAAGAGAAGAUCUUGCUAUGAAUUCGUGAUACUUAUUGUCUAGUUUCCGUUUUCUUUCGAUUUUGGAAGCAUCAAUUAUCGAACAUUUGAGGUUCACCUUUUAUUACCACACCGGUUAAAGACUUUAUGUCAGGGAGAAACAGAGAUAACUUGUCUUCUCGUAGACGACAAGUAAGUAAGAUGUUGGUGUUUGAAGAUGAUGGUCACAAAUCGGUUGAUGUAGUUGAUUUAUCUGAUAGCGAAACAGAGGAGAGAAACGAGAAGGAAUCUGAUGUUAAGAAUACUCUAGAGGAGAAGAGUGUUGAUGAAAGCUAUGAAGAUGAAGAUGUGGAAGCUUGUGAAUCUAACACAAACACUCGUAAGAGGAAACGGGUUAUUAAUAGUGAUUCAGAGAAUGAUGAUGAAGACAACAUACCUCUUUCAAUACUCAAGAAUUUGAAACCGCUAAACCAAGAGGUGUCGGAUUUGGUUGGUACACCGAGCAUAGGAGAGAAUGAGUCUAAAAGAUUGAGUCGAGUGUCGUCAAGGCUGAGAAAGCAGAGAGUUCUUGAAGAGACGACUACUCCAAGUAAAAGACUUGUGGGAAUCCCGACGACAGGUAAUGCAGUGGAUGAUGAGACGGAAGAAGAAGAGUCAGGGGGAGAGAGCGAGAGCGAGAGUUUGGAUGGGUUUAUUGUUGAUGAUGAUGUUGAUGAGAGUGCAAGUGAAAAGUCUGAUGAAAAUCAUGAAACCGAGGGUGGUGUAGAGGAGGAGGAGUCUGAUGGAGAAAUCGGUUACGCGGAUAUCAUGUCAAGAUUGAGGAGGGACAAGGACAAAUGGGAGUACCAGACAGAUAUGCUGUCAGCUUUCGGUAAAGAUGACGAGCUUUGUAUGAGAGCGGUUUGUGUUCUGUACAUGUUUCAGACAGAAGAUGAGAAAGCAGCAAGAUCAAGUCAUGUCGCUAAUGGUCGCGGUUUUAGCAUGUUUGACGCCGAAAGGGGCACUCUCAUUGGACAGUUUCUGACUGAUGGAGAUCCUGCGGGUGAUUUGAAGAAAUCUGUUGAGGAAUUGCAAAGUUUCAAGUUUGACGCGCUUGAGAUUUGCAGAGAUUUAGCAGUCCGAUACUCGAAACAACUCUUCCAGAUCUAUAACAACAGAGAAGUUCAAUUCUUCGCUGCUCCUCCAUCUCCAUGACUUGAGGGAAAUAAACCUCAUGGUAAUUUUUUGUUUGUGUAAAUUUUAGGUGAAAACCGGAGAUUAAUCUUGAUGGAAUCAGGGACUGAAUUUGCUUAUGAAUAACAAAGAUUAACUGAAAACACUAUGCUAUAUGUCAAAUGUACUUUUGAGAAUCUAAAUAAAGAACCUGUAAAUUC